UGUUUUUAACUGAGGAUGAAGAUAACUGUCCAGUCAAACACCAAUAGACAAAGACAAUAAAGAAAGUCAAUACUAGGGCUAGUUCAUUCAUUAGUGUUAUUUUGUAUGCACAUGUUAUGAAAUUAUAUAAAAAGAUGAACUAUGUUUCAGUUGAAAUGACACUAUUACUGUUUUUAUCUUCCUCUAGCUUCCUUUUUAUUUAGAACCUUACCAUGUGAGCAGAGAGCUCAAAAACCUCUGCAAAAAAAGUCCCUCUUUUAGAUCAUACUUUCAACACUAACUAGCCAAACCUUAGAUACCAAAAAUUCAGCAGGGGGAAAACAUGUAUAAGAAUCAGCUGCAAGAGCUUGCACAGAGAAGCUGCUUCAACUUACCAUCAUAUACUUGCAUAAGAGAAGGACCAGAUCAUGCUCCAAGAUUCAAAGCUUCUGUUAACUUCAAUGGUGAGAUAUUUGAGAGUCCCACUUACUGUUCCACUCUCAGACAAGCUGAGCAUGCAGCUGCUGAAGUUUCACUUAAUGUCCUGUCCUCUAGAGUCCCUUCUAAAUCCUUGACUGCAAAGAUUCUUGAUGAGACAGGAAUUUACAAGAACUUGCUACAAGAGACAGCACAUAGAGCUGGUCUUGAUCUGCCAAUUUACACAAGUGUGAGAUCAGGAUCUUAUCACUUCCCAGCUUUCUCUUGCACUGUGGAGCUUGCUGGGAUGAGUUUCACUGGAGAAUCAGCAAAGACAAAGAAACAAGCUGAGAAAAACGCAGCCAUUGCAGCUUGGUCAUCUUUGAAAAAAAUGUCAAGCUUGGAUUCUAUGGGAGGAAAAGAAAAUGGUGAAGAGAAGGAACAAGAAGUAGUAGCAAGAGUACUUUCGAGAUUUAAACCCAAAGAAGUGAGAAGAAGAGAGACCACAGACCAAUGGAGAAGAAGAACAAGUCAACAAGAUACAAACAAGGAUCUGUUGUUUGAGAGAUUGAGAUGGAUCAAUCUAUUAACCUAUGAACAUUCUUUACCAUCAUCAUCAACAAAGAAGCAAUACAAGAAAACCAGUUUCGUCUCGCAUACACAAAGCCAGGCAUCAAUAACAAACCUUCAACCAUUCAAAGGGAUAUCAUCACAAGAAGCCAAGGCAGAGACAGAGAUGAUGAUCACCACAAAGUCGUUUCCUUUGCCAGUGGCUGCUCAUCAUAAAGCCAAACCCAACGAAUCAUCGAGCGGCGGAUAUAGUAACCAAAUCCCAUUUUCCGACAGAGGCAGGUUCAGUUUCGUCGGAGGUUGUAAUAGGCUAGCUCCAGCGGUGCAAAUCAGAUCAGUGAUUCCAGUUUUCGCAGCUCCAGCAUCGAAACCAAACCCUAGUCCUAGCACAUCAUCCAUAAACUCUUGUUCUGUUCCAAAGACGCCGGGAUUGGGAGGUCAUGAGAAGAAUCUAACUCAAACGAAAAUUGUGGAUCAGACCCAUGAUUAGUUAGGUGAAUUUGGAUAAAGGGUUAAUCUCAAAUUAAAUCAUAUGUCAAGUUGUUGUUUGAUUAUAUAAAUAUGAUUCUGUUCUUGUU